AUGGCAGCCACUUUUUCAUUAUUUCUUUUUUCUUUUGUCGCCUACCUUUUUGUUUUACACUCAUUUUUUGGUUUGCUUUUAAAAAUCCUCCUCUUUGUUGUUUGGCCUGUUUGUUUAUUUUUUCCCCCAGCUUCUUUUUGUCUCUCUGCCUGUUGCUGCUUUCCUCCAUUUCUUGCCCGCAUUGCGUUUUUAUCUCCCUGGCUCACUGUGUGUGUCUGUUUUCCCCUGUUCACUUCUUCAGGCCCAGUCUCCUUCCUAGCCCCUCCUUCCACGUGGAGAUGGACAGGGAUGGCAGGAGGCCACAGCUCCCUUGACAACAUCACUGAAGUUGAUGCUGACGAUUGCCUGCGCCAUGGAGAAGGCAGGUAGUGCUGGGUGGGAGAUGAGCUCCUUGGAAGUCACCGAGUCUGGAGGGACAGUGAAGAACUCAGUCCUGCCAGAAAACCUCUGCCUAAACCAUGGCAGCAGUUCUGGGGGCUUGAGUGUUGGCACCCGCUGCUGGGAUGGAUGUUGCUGGCCAGCAACUUCAGACAGCUGGAUUUUAGGCCUGAGCCCUAUUUUGAGAAAGAAGUCCCCAUUUUUUAGCCCAACGUAAAGGGUUUUUAGUUUCUGCUGUUUCUAUAAUUGCAGGACCCCAGCCCAGGUAUUCAAGAGCUCAACAACAUGCUUUUGGACGCAAGGGAGAGUCCUUUCUAAACAUGUCCUGUGAUUCCUCUUACAGAUAUGCAUGUGCCCUGAGGCCUAGAGCUGCCACUUCUGCCCUGAGGCCUCAUAGAUUUGGAUGUUCCUCACAGGAGACUUUUUAAAGUUGUCACUUACUCAUUGAGUGUUCACUGGAUGCCAAGGUACUGUGUGGUAUAGUCUCCCCACUUCACAAGUGGGGGAACAGGCAGAGAGGGACAAGCAAAUGACCAAGAUUAUGGAGCACAUAGAUAGCAGGAUUAGGAAUCGAACUUUGAUAUGUCCGAUGCUAAAUCCCUUACUCUGAACUGUCAUUGUUGUCUUCCCAAUCUUUUAAACUUUUUCAACUUUAGCCCACAAUAAGAAAUCCUUUUGGCAUGUUCACAUACUAUAUAACAAUAGCUACAUAUUUAUAAAACAACUUUUCAUGAGAGUGCACAAGGCACUCUGAAAGUCUCUACUCCAUUCUACCUUUUCCAUUUCCUUCUGGUUAUGGAAAACCUACGUUGGUUGGAGUCCCUAAGAUAAUUUAGUGACCCACUAAUGCGUUGUGACUAACACUGGAAAAACAUUGCCUUUAGGACAUGCAAAUACGUGCCUGUGUCGCGCAUGUGGCAGCGUCUUGGUGUGUUUCACUAUCGGUGUGUGAGACGGCUGAGGCAGUGUAGCAUGCUGACUUGAGAGCUCCCUAGAAGGGAAGGUGGUUGUCCAUCCUCGGGCUCCCUCCAUUGCUUGCAGGGCUGCUGGCCCGCAGUAGCCGUGCACUGAGGAAGUGGAUGCUCACUAUUUAUCAGGCAGCCUGUUCCACUAUUAGACUGCUUUAAAUAUAAUGAUCAUUGAUUGAGCCAAAAGUCAAGUAGGUAUUACCGGAGCACCAACUAUGUACCAGGCACGAUACCAAGUACCAGGAAUGCAAAGGUGAGUAAGUCCUGCUUUCUGUUAUCAUCUACUCUGUGAACCAGUAACAUGGAAUAACUUUUUCCCGCUUCCACACUCCUUCUCCACUAGGGGUUUGUUUGGUCAUUCUUUGGUUGGUUCACUCAUUCAUUCAUUCAUUCAUUCAUUCAUUCAUUCAUUCAUUCAACAAGCUCAUACUGAUGGUCUACUCUGUGGUAAGUCUGAAGAAGUUAUGCCCACCCCCCACCCAAGGCGUUUCAUUUUGAGGCCCCCCACCUGUAGUUUCUCUAGUGCUUCAUAUAUUAUAGUUUUCCAGAUCUCUGGACCACUGAGCUCAGAAACCCUUUAGUUUGUCAUUGACCUUCUUAAAGUCACUCAGCAUUCAGAAUAAUGGGAAUAGAAUAUGUUUCUUUUUAAAGUUUCAAAUUAACUAUUUUAACUGAAUUUUUGGCAGUCUUUCGUAUGCAAAUGACCCUGCAGAGCAUAAUAUUUUCCCCCAAAGUAGGAGAUUGAAUUUAGACAUGGAUAUGAAAAGACUUUCAUUACAAGGAAAAGGGGUGUUUAUUCCCUCCAAAUUUGACUACAGUUCUAAAUUCUAUCAAUGCAAAGUUCUUUUGUCAUUUUGACUUUAGGACACUGUUACCUAACCUUGUGGGAAAUAUCAAGUUCCAAAAACAUGGAGGAAAUAAGCAGUUACUGGACCCAGAGUGAAUGUUUGGUCCCUAUGAAAAUGACCAGGAAGACUGUUAGCUAGAGGUUAUUUAAUGAUUUGUGUGUACUUGAGUAAUGAAGUCCUAGAAGUACUGAAGUACUAGAGUACUUCUUCCCCUACCACAUGGUACCAUCACAGGGUGCUUUUAAGUGAGCUGCAGCAAGCCCUAAUGCUCAUUUAAGAGCAUUUAUUAAGUAAGUGAGGUAAAGCUGUGGUUUUCUUCUUUCAUUUUUAGGAUUUGUAUAACAUUGUAAGAGACAAACACUUUCAACUACUACUAUCACGGCUGUUUCCAGUCAUUGAUGGGAAGAUUGUCUAUAUUGCAGCUUUUGCAUAAGCAAAUUUUGGUUUCAACUUCUUUUUAACAUUAUCAUCUAGUAAACUUUCUUAAGUAGCAUGACCUUGACAUCACCACCUCUGUCUGAUCUUUUAAAUAAUUUUUUAAAUUGAUUUUAGAGAGAGAGGAAGGGAG